GUUGGACGAUAACACGGACCUAAAGAAAAAAAAUUGAGGAAAAACCAUCUGUCAUCAACCAGUCAAGCUCAAAAUAGUCUUUCCCGUCACAACAUAGUGGGAAAAGGUGAAUCUUAGCGAGAGAAACUAGAGAGAGAGUUUGUGAAAAUUAUGAAGACGAAGGGAUUGAAAAAGAAAUUCCUUGAUACGGAAUCUUCUCAGCUCUCCGAAAAUGUCGCCGUCGCUGGUGACGCGCGUUUCUGUGAGGCGCCUCGGCGUAUUACUGAGGCGAGCGUCGGAGCUGAUGUAGAAGGGGUGGCUGCGGCGUCGGAGGAGGAGGAGGACGGAGAACAGCUGGACGAACAGUGGGAUGACCCCCAGAUCGAAGUAGCUGAAGGCCAUGCGUAUGAAGGGGGGAACCGAAGACCAAAGCUAGCAGAAGGGUUUUAUGAGAUUGAAGCCUUAAGGAAGAAGAGAGUUCGAAAGGGCCAAGUGCAGUACUUGAUCAAAUGGCGAGGCUGGCCAGAGACGGCAAAUACAUGGGAGCCCGUUGAAAACCUGUCAUCAUGCUCUGAUUUUAUAGAGGUGUUUGAAGAAAGUUUGCGGUCUGGAAAAAGAUCCACCCGUGGGCGUAAGCGCAAGCACAGCAUUACCCACACCCAAGCAAAGAAAAAACAGAAACUCCAGCAGCCAUGCUCCCCUGAAGCUGUGGCAUACAGCCUACCACCCAUGACGGUCAGGCAAGUAGAUGAACCACUGCCCAUCCCAUCAUAUGAUGACCCAAACAUUGUUAAUCAUCAAAUGAAGAAUGAAGCUGAGCUGGCGGCGCAUGAAUGUCAAGAGAUACUGAACUCUUCUGAAUGUAGGAAAACAAGUGAACCAAAUGAUUUGGAUUCGAAACUUAGUGAACUUAGUGAAACUCCUCUGACUGAUGGACCCCAUGUAAAUAAUCAAUCUCACGAUGAACCUGGUCGGUGCAUUGGAGCUAAAAGGAGGAAGUCAGGGUCGGUCAAGAGAUUCAAGAAAGAGUCUUCCUCCAGUGUAUUUGAUGAUGUGGCAGACCGAGUAGCAAGUUGCAACACCAGUGUGGCUGUGUCUGAAGGAGUUCAGAACUGUGCAUUUGUGGGAAACGAUUGGGCUUACAAGGGUUUUGAAGAUGCAUAUAAUGUUACUCAGAUUGUCAAACCAAUGGGCUAUCAGACUUCAAUGUCCAAUGAAGUCCAAGAAGUUUCUAUAACCUUUCUGGCUAAGAGGUGUGACGGGAAAGAGAUAACAGUGGACAACAAAUUUCUGAAGGCAAAAAAUCCACUUCUGCUAAUAAACUUCUACGAGCAACAUCUACGGUACAACCCCUCUGAGUGAGUAAAGAUAGGGGAAGCCGUGGUCUGGUUAGCAUGAUUUCCCCUUUGCUAAUGUAUAGUGUGGUAGACUAUAGUUUUUGUAACACUUAUGGCUGUAGAAUAUAGUUUAAGCUGAAGUACAUGGUGUUACGAUACAUCGAUAUGGGGAGCUAGAUAUCCCACAAAUGAUGGCUAUUAUGGUUGUUGCAGCGUAGCAUAUCUUAUUAAAUUAUUUAUUUAUGUGCAUAAUUCGAAUGCCAUUUUUUGUUGGCAUUAGCCUUGUUUAAACCUUGACUCAUGUCGUUUCUUUGUGGUUCAUUGAUACACAUUUUGAAUGGAAAGCUAGAGUGGAAUUUUGGCUCUGCUGAACCAUAGCAACUGUUGUGUACUUUGUACUAUAUCAGUUGUAAAAGAAUAUCUUAAUUUACAUUAUCAUCUUACUGUAAUGAGUGACGAUGUUACUUACGGAGUAUUAUCC